UAUAUUUUGAAAUUAGACCUCUUAAUCGUUUAAAUUAUCAACAAAAGUAAAUAUGUUGAUAUAUAAGGGUCAUAUUUUAAUAAUCUAUAUUUAUUAUAUCUUUGUUUGUCUCAUUUUUUUUGUUAAAUCGUGAAGUGGUAUAAAAUGAGUUAAUUUUACUAGCAACCCCGGUGGUUGCAUUCAUACAAGUCGGGAACGGGGAUAACGUACGGCAUUAAAUUCCUAUCGUUUUGGUUGUUCGCAUCGUUUUUACUAAUAAUCUUCUUAGUUGAAAUCCCAAUUUCAUCUUUGACGAAUACUUGGUGCUUAAACGUGCCAGUAAGGUAAUAAGAAAUAGGCCGGUUGUUCUCUGCCGGACUCCGGUAUACGGAACAUCCACACUUUGUUCCUGAGACGCCUGAAAUGAUAGUGCUUAUAUGAACGACGGAAAGAUGAAUACCAACAGCGUGGAAGCCGAGUACACCGACAUAGCCAACCGUAAUUCAUGGCCCCUUGUGUUCCAGAAAAUCGGGCGAGAAUGUCAGAACUAUACGUACACGUGCGUGGAGGCAAAGAAGCCUCAGAACAAGCCCCUGAACCGCUACCGGGACGUGAACCCGUACGACCACAGUCGCAUCAUCCUCACCCGCUCCGAGAAUGACUACAUCAACGCUAACUUAGUCAAGAUGGAACGGGCCAAUCGUAAGUACAUUCUGACGCAAGGGCCGCUAGCGUUCACGGUCAGCCAUUUCUGGUUGAUGGUGUGGGAGCAGAACAGCCGCGCCAUCCUGAUGCUGAGCAAAAUCAUAGAAAAGAACGAGGUGAAAUGUCACUGGUAUUGGCCGCACGGCACCGGCGAAGACCACAAGAUGAACCUCCCUGACGUCCAGCUCACCGUGGAGCAGCUCAGCGAAGAAGACUUCACUUACUAUUCCACUAGAGUAUUCAAAAUGGUAGACCUGGUGAGCGGCGAGAGUCGCGAGGUGAUCCAGUACCACUACACGACGUGGCCGGACUUCGGCGUACCGUCGUCGCCGCACGCGUUCGUUGAGUUUCUGACGCGGGUGCGCCGGUCCGGCGCGCUGGAACCGGACGUGGGGCCCGCGGUGGUGCAUUGCAGUGCCGGCAUCGGCAGGUCGGGCACCUUCUGUCUGGUGGACUCGUGUCUCCUCAUCGUGAGUAUAUUGUAUAAAGUAUAAAAUUGCCGAUUUGUACUGAAUAUUAAAAUUGAUUAUUUUUUAACAA